AUGCCCAAGACAAUGGAUUCUGACUCUGAAUCGCACGAGAAGACAGGCGGAAAGCCCCCAAAGGACAUGCUUGAACCCGCCGUCCUCUUUUUGUCAGGUCAAUAUGUCCUCGUUGAGUCUGCAACAUCAACCCCACUUUAUCAAUUAAACAGUGACAUCAAGUCAAUCUCGAACAAAGACUCAUCCGUGGCAUUCGAAAGAGUCGAGCACGCAGUACCUGAGCCCGAGAUCGAGACCGAGGGCGCCAGUACUACCGCACCGCGGAAGCAACAUCUUUUCUACCUUGCACACCCUGUGAAUGCGCAAUACCGGACCGACAUACCUGCUAAGUACUACAUCACUUCUGCAGUACCCGAGAUGGUGGGCAAUAUCCGCCUCGAGACUUCUGAGGCCCGGUUCCAAAAGAAGUCCUUUAAGGCGAUGUUGAGCGCGAAAAAGACCGCCUCGGAUAAGCCAUUAUUCGAAGAGGGCACACAACAGCACCUAUUGUUUGAUAUCCAACCAAAUUGGAAAGCCGGUCGCAAUUGCUACAAGUGGAGCGAUCCCAAUGGCGGACAGGUGGCUGUUGAAGAAAAAGAGGAUGACAGAUACAAAUUAUCCGUUACGAUGAGUAUGUCGCAGGAGUUGAGGGAUGCAUUGGUCGCUACAUGGUUGUUGAGGCUGUGGCACGACACGGCCGAGAGUAAGCAAGCUAAAAGGGAAUGUGAGUUGACUUGA